AUGCUUACACCAAAGAUAGAAUGUUUAUACAAGCCAUCCUUUAGUAAAGGCAUUCUUAGAACAGCAGGUCUGUUUUUUGUCUCUGGAUAUGCAGCAGGAGCCAUGUUUGGUGCAAUUGCAUUCAGCAAGCGGAACUAUGGGCAGUUUGUUGCAAACAGGAUGUGCUUGUGUGGACUUGUAGCGCAGUUUGUGAGAAGGGCUGUAUAUGCAAUUGCUGUGCGAACAGAUUGA